UUUCUCUAUGGAAAUAACCUUUUAACAGCCAAAACAAGAAUUUUGGUUUCCAAAUCAUAACAUUCAAAGCAAUGAUUAUAAUAUUUAAUCUUUGAUUCAAAGAAACUCAUAAAAAGAACUGGACGAAGCGAUAAAGUCUCUUCAAAAUGCCUGAAUUAAAAAUUUGCCUACCAGGACAACGGUUAUGUGUGAAGGACGAAACUCACCAUAGCGGAAAUGGUACCUACGAAAGACAGGGGUAUAUUUACUCGAACGUAGCUGGGGUAGUAGAUGUUGUCCAGAAAAAUAACAUUAAAGUGAUAGAAGUCGUGAAUCCCGACGUACAAACUAUAGUGCCAGCACACGGUGACAUCGUGACCGCAGAAGUUACUAUCAUAACACAGCAGUACGUUAAAUGCCUAAUCAAAUGUAUCGGAAAUAAGUUAUUGAAGCGACAUUUCAAGGGUGUUUUGAGAAGAGAAGAUAUCCGGGCAGCGGAAAAGGAUAGAAUAGAAAUAUUCAAAUGUUUCAGACCAGGUGAUAUAAUUCUUGCUAGGGUGAUGCCCAUAACAGAAGCCCAUGUGUACCAAUUAUCAACUGCAGAAAAUGAAUUAGGUGUAGCUAUUGCACAUUCAGAACAUGGACACCCCAUGGUGCCAAUAAGCUGGAUUGAGAUGCAGUGUACCAAAACUUACGUUAAGGAGCCAAGAAAAGUGGCAAGGAUUAUACCUGAAAAGAUUCAUAACGACAUUGUUAAUCGAUUGUCUGAAUAUUUAUGUUGAGUCUUUGUUUGAAGGAUAUUUGUUUUGAAUAUUGUGGAUAAUUAGUUUGUGAAUGAAAUCUAAUUCUGAAUAUAGAAAUACAUACUUCAGAAUUUUUAUCAGUUUAUUAAGAUAUUAUCAAUUUAUCAAGAAAUAAGUUCAACAUGUCAACAACAUGAGUCGUCAUAUGUGUAUAAUGAUCAAAAUAUAAAUAAAUCUUCACUUGUGAAACUUUA